AUGAGCAAUCAGUGUGUUCUCGCAUUAAUUGUCUUCGUUUCGGUGUCCCAUGCAACUAUUAUUUCUCAAAAUAAUUACACAAGACUAGAAUUUGAUGACAAGAAAUCAAAUAACGAACUUUUAGGAGAAUAUAAUUCCCAGUCGUCGAUGGAGUGUGCCGCAGUGUGUCAAAUGGGGUGUGGCGUUUUUGGAUUCAAUACUCUAAUGAAGAAAUGUCGUACCCAUAAGAAGAUCUUCACAACUGAGGUGUCUAAUGAGGCCGGCUGGAGAUACUACUCAAAUGACUUUAUUCCUGUAGAUUGUAAGGAUCUUCGUGAAAAUGGUCUCUCAAAAUCAGGUGUAUACGAAAUUUUUCCCUAUAGUACCAUUACCAGUCCUGUCAGAGUUUACUGCGACAUGGAGACAAUGGACGGAGGAUGGACGGUAAUUCAGAAACGGGUCGAUGGAUCCCUGGACUUUAAAAGGAAUUGGAUAGAUUAUAAGAAUGGUUUUGGUGCACCAGAAUGGAAUGUCUGGAUUGGAAAUGAAGUUAUGCAUCAGUUAACAAAAGAAAAGAAUUCCUCCCUCUAUGUUUCCAUAACGCUAGAGGAUGUUACAAGGUUGUAUGAAAUGUACGACCAAUUCUCUGUUUCCAAUGAAUCAGAGAAGUACAGACUCUUUCUUGCAGGAGAUGCAGUUGGAACCUUAGGUGACAGUAUGUUAAAACCCUCUGAACAGUAUGCUACUUUAUCUGGUAUGUACUUCAGUACAUCCGAUAGAGACAACGACAAUAGCAACGAUGGGAAGAUUGGAGGUAACUGUGCUGCUGCUUAUGGAGGAGGCUGGUGGUUCAACGCCUGUCACCACGCCUUCCUUAACGGUCCAUGGUCUCCAGUACAUUGGACCUGGCCUUGGUGUCCUACAAUUUUGUCCGGUUCAUCCAUCAGGGAGACUAUAAUGAUGAUCAAACGCCACUAG